AUGAAGUACUCUGCUGUUUUCUCCACCUUGGUGGGUGUUGGUGUCGCUGAGUUCAACGUUUUGGAGCAUCUCGGUGCCAACAGCCCUUGGUUCACUGGUCCCAACGUAUUUGGCAUUCCAAACGAAGUGCCCGUUGGUUGUACCGUGGACCAAGCGGUUUAUAUAGUCCGCCACGGCAGCCGCUACCCAGACCCAGGAGCCUAUGCCGAAUGGGUUGACCUGCAUGAGAAGCUUCAAGCCCAAGAAUUUACGGCAGACGGCUCGCUUCAGUUCCUCCCAGAUUGGAAGCCCGUGCUCGACGACCCAGCUCAGCAGCUGGCCCAGCUCUCCCCCGGAGGCUAUGAUGAGCUGUACCACCUCGGUGUUGAGCUGAGAACCAGGUACCCAGGGUGGUACAAGUAUGGCUCUCCUUUCCAUGUCUGGGCCAACAACUACCAGAGGACCAUCGACUCUGCCAGACUUUUCGCCAGAGGCUACGGAGGUCCCAAUGCCACAACGCUGGGAACCGUUAAGCCAAUCCUCUCAACUGAUUCUUCUGCCGUCGGCAACUCACUAGCUACUUCAGACUCGUGCCCCGCGUAUGAGGACAACUCUGGAGCUGGCUACAUCGACGAAUGGGAUAGCAUCUACUUGCCUCCCAUUGCGACAAGGCUCAACCAACUGAUCAAGGGGAAUCUGAGCCUGACGACCGAUGACAUCAGCAAAUUUCCCUACCUCUGUGGAUUUGAGAGUCAGAUUCUCCGCAAGGUCAGCCCGUUCUGCGGGGUGUUCACCGAAGCGGAGAUUUUGCAAUAUGAGUAUCGCCAGGAUCUGCGUUACUAUUAUGGCACCGGCCCCGGAAGCUACCACAACGCCUCCGUCAUGCUCCCCGUUAUCCAGGGUGUAAUUGACAUCCUUAGGUCCGGGCCUGAGACUCCCCUUGUGGGCGCCAACAAUGGCGAGGAAAUCCUUGGCGAGUUGACUGUAGCGUUCACGCACGACAAUCAGCUCAACCAGCUGGUCUCGAGCAUGGGACUGUUCGACCGCCAACAGCCCUUGCCAUCUGACUCGAUGGACCCGAGACGGAUCUAUGUCUCCAGCCGCAACAAUCCCAUGAGGGGAACGGUUGCUUUUGAACGCCUCCGAUGCCACGGCACUUCGUACCUCCGAGUGCUACUCAACGAUGCAGUCUACCCGGUGACUGACUGCUCGGAGGGGCCUGGAAAGUCUUGCCCCCUUGACAAAUACGACGAUAAAAUUCUGGCUGAGAAAUGGAAGAAUGCCGGUUCAUUUGAAGAUAUCUGCGGUCUUGCCGAUGGCGUGGUAACUACAUCAAAGACGGGUGGCGUAACAUUCUUUACCAACUUUACGAUGCCUGCCAUCAGCAGUGUAAAACCUUGA